AUGAAAUUCGAAUAUGUGAGCUGCGAAGUGAUGGCUCCAGCUCACCACGACGACUGGGCCUGGUUCCAGCUGCACUUGACCUCCCACCUCUUUGAAUCCCCUCGGGUGCUGUCUAUUUGGAGCUAUGAUAGCAAGGAUGUCGGCCAUAGUCAGCGGGCAACCACCCAGUCCACCCCUGGUGUCAGCAAUGCCAUGCCCGUGAAGACCUACGAGCUCUUUGGCGCAAAUUGGGUCUCUCAACACUCCAACAUUACCUACUCGCAGAUCUGGGAGAUCAUUUUACGGGAAAACACACGUCUCACCGUCAAGUCCGCCUAG